AUGAAAUACCUAAAGUACCCUUGGUACAGGAAAUGGGAAAAAAAAAAUUGCACAGCAGUGACAGUUGACCGGCCUGAUGUUGCUGGUAGAGUCAGGAUCCUUCAGGUGCAUUCAAGGGGAAAAUCACUUGCAAAAGAUGUGGAUUUUGAUAAGGUUGCUAGGAGAACACCAGGUCCACCACCACCUCCCAGAAGCAAUCAUUCCGAUGAAAUAGAGAAAGUUGAAGUGGAGCCCCCUGUUGCUCGUGUUGAGGAGGAUGACAUCUUUGUAGGAGAAGGAAUUGACUAUUCUGUCCCUAGUAAAGAUAUAAGCCAAAGCCCAUUGUCAGAAGACAUGGAAGAAUCUCCUAAAAGAAAAGAGAGACCUUCCAAUUUCAAUGAGCCAGCUUAUGGCCCUGUUCCACCCUCGGACCCAUCUCAAGACUGGCAACAAACAGAGUAUCAAUAUGUGGAGCCGAUGGGGUACCCCGAACAAUAUGUCCACCAAGAUGGUCAAAUGUAUGAUAUGCAAGGAGGUUUGACCAUAGAAGGGGACCCACAUUUAAUGACACAAGAAGAGAAAGAUAGAGGUUUAGGGUCGGUGUUUAAGCGGGAUGAUACAAGGCUUCAACAAUUAAGUGAUGAUGAAGCUGAUUUAUCCAAAAUGGAUAUGGGUGGUCGAGAAAAGGGUUGGCUUCAUAGGUGGGACUUUGAGACAGAAGAGGAAUGGGCGACAUUAGGAAGCCAUGCCAAAAGCUGCGUUUCAGUUUGGUGUGAAGAUGCAAUUUUUGCUAUUCCUGCUAUCAGAAUGAUUCCCACUUCAGUUCUUUGGGGUUACUUCGCCUACAUGUCAAUCGAUAGUCUUCCUGGAAAUCAAUUUUGGGAAUGA